AUGGGUAGGAGGCGUGGCCUCGGUGACGGUCGCAGGGAGUGGGUGGGGACCUGGGAGGAGUUCAGUCAAACAGGGCGGGACAGGAGCGAGGUCGGCAGGGGCGUGGCCGGCAGGCCCGGGCGGGGUUACGGGGCUCCCAGCUCAGCUUCCAUCGCUGGGCGGUCAACAAGCGCAGGUCUGGCGGAGCGCGGUGGUGCGCGGAGACCACGAAGAGGCCGGCAGCUGCGGAGCCCCCGGCGGCGCGCCCCCCGGCCGAACCGGAAGCAGCGCCAGUCAGUGCCACUUGCCGUGCGCGGCCCGCCUCCGCCUCCGCCUCCGCCGCCGCCGCCGCCGCCUCCACCUCCACCUCCGCCGCCGCGGCUGCCGCCUCCGCCGCCUUCGCGGCGACCCUCGGUCAAGCGUGCAGCGCCCGGCGGUCAUGGCCGCACCAACCCGAGCGCCACCACCGGCGCUCGCAGGCCGCGGGUGAAGAAGAAAGUCCGAUCUCGCUCCGCCCGGCGCGGAGAGGCGAUCUGGAGCAAAGAGGUGGCCAGGAUCCCAGAGGUAACCAAGAGUGAAGAGGUGACCAGAAGCCAGAAAGGCACCGAGAGCCGAGAGGUGAUUCUCUGCGAAGAGGGCACCCAGACCGAAGAGGGGGACUGGAGCGAGGACAUGGCGGCCGCGGGGCUCAGCGUGACCGUCACCCACAGCAAUGAGAAACAUGACCUUCAGGUUACUCCCCAAGAAGGCUGUAGUGAACCAGUUGUUCAAGACUUGGCUCAGGUUGUUGAAGAGGCCACAGGGGUCCCACUGCCUUUUCAGAAACUCAUAUUUAAAGGAAAAUCUCUGAAGGAAAUGGACCAGCCAUUAUCAGAGCUUGGAAUACAAAAUGGUUGCCGGGUCAUGCUAAUUGGGAAAAAGAACAACCCAGAGGAAGAGGCUGAAUUAAAGAAACUGAAAGAUUUGGAGAAGUCUGUGGAAAAGAUAGCUGACCAACUGGAAGGACUGAGUAAGGAGCUUGCUGGAAUCCAGCAGGGUUUUCUGGUCAAAGAUUUGCAAGCUGAAGCUCUCUACAAACUCAACCGGAGAGUAAAAGCUACAAUUGAACAGUUUAUGAAGAUCUUGGAAGAAAUUGACACACUGAUUCUACCAGAAAAUUUCAAAGACAGCAGACUGAAAAGGAAGAGUUUGGUGAAAAAGGUUCAGGCAUUUCUAGCUGAGUGCGACACAGUGGAGCAAACCAUCUGCCAGGAGACAGAGCGACUGACAUCUACAAAUUUAGCCUUGGCUGAGUGAGGCCAGGCAAAGAGAGACGGCUGCUCUGAAGAUCAGCACCACUAGCUUUUGACCCUAUCCGGAACAAAAAUUAUAUUUCACCAAGGGCUUCUGGGGACAGUUGACCGAUCGCCAAAUUUGCCUACUCCUGUACCUGUUCUCAAUGAACAAGUAUUUGCAACUUUUAAGUAAUGCUCUUGUUUCCUGUCCACUUUAUCUAGAGACUGUCUCCCUGGCUAAGUCUUUCCAGCUAUUUGGCCUUUUGGGUGCUUGCUUUGGACUGGCGAUAGCCCUCACACAUCCUGUGACAGAUGUAGAUAUAUAGGCCACACUCAUCUUCAGAUACAAGAUGCACUUGUGGUCCUGCAGUGCCAUCGGUAUAAACCAAGAGGUUGCGUUUAGUCAGGAUUGUUGGGAAUGGCUUGAACAAGUAUUUGACACAAGUACCAAUAGCUCUCAUUGUGGCCUAAUUCUAGAACAGCUCACUGAUGUUCAGAUUUUUAUCUUCAUAUCCCAGUGAUCCUGACACAGAUGUUAUGAGCUCUCAGGUCCAUUUUUUGGGGUGGAGUCUGCUUGAUACCUGAAUUUCCUGUCCCUAAGCAAAUCUCUAAAAGGUAGAACUCAGUUUUGGACUGAGUUUCCGCUUGCAUUGAAGUCCCAGUCAUGAUUUCGGAAGCAUAGGCAGGGGAUCCAAAUGAGUAGGGCAGGCAGAAGGUGACACAAGCCCUAACCUCCUCAGGAGUCCCUUCAAAAGCAUUUCUGUUAACUAUAGCUUUGGAGAUCUUUGUUUCCUUCAGGGAUAGUUCUGUUGGUUUUAUGGCCUUCAGCCCCCUGUCCUCUGGUAUUCUAUUAAAAAAUUAAAAAUAGUGUCUACACACCAGCAAGCAGAGAAGUAUUUAAACGUUUUGUUUUAAUAGACAGAGUAUGAGAAGUGACAGAGUUCUGUGGCUGUCAUGAUGAUUUGUGCUUAGUAAAGUUACAUGUGGGUCCAGUAUUGAGUCAGUAGCUGUCAUACACAACUCUUUCUCUCUUUUCUCUUCUUUCUCCCCCCGCUCCCCCCCCCCCCCCCCGCUCUCUUUCUGUCCUUCGGUGGAUUUGUCAUGUAGGCACCAAACUCCAGUGAUAACUUUGGUGGCAAGAAAAUAAAAUAAAGGAGAGGAAGCUCA